UUUGCGGAGACGGGGAAGGGGUCGCCCGGGCUGCCAGGGCUCCGGCUCCUUGAGUUGGCGGCUACCCCGGGCGCUGCCAGGCGGAGGUGGUGGAGUCCGCAGGGCGAGUGGCCCUGCUCCCCCGGUGGCGAGCUCAGCUGCGGGCGGAGGCGACAUGAGUGCCGCAGGGCUGCUGGCGCCGGCGCCGGCCCCGGCCGGCGUGCAGCCGACCGUAGAGUACUACCCCGAGGAGGACGAAGACCUGGAGAGCGCCGAGGACGACGAGCGCAGCUGCCGGGGCCGGGAGUCCGACGAAGACACAGAAGACGCUAGUGAAACUGACCUGGCAAAGCAUGAUGAAGAAGACUAUGUUGAAAUGAAGGAACAGAUGUAUCAGGACAAACUGGCUUCUCUCAAGAGACAGUUGCAGCAGCUGCAGGAAGGUACAUUACAAGAAUAUCAGAAGAGGAUGAAAAAGCUUGAUCAGCAGUACAAAGAGAGGAUACGAAACGCAGAACUCUUCCUCCAGCUGGAGACGGAACAAGUCGAGAGAAAUUACAUUAAAGAAAAGAAGGCAGCAGUGAAGGAAUUUGAAGACAAGAAGGUUGAGUUGAAGGAGAACCUGAUUGCUGAGCUCGAAGAAAAGAAGAAAAUGAUUGAGAAUGAAAAGCUGACCAUGGAACUGACUGGAGAUUCCAUGGAAGUGAAGCCCAUCAUGACCAGGAAGCUGCGGAGGCGACCAAAUGACCCCGUCCCCAUCCCGGACAAGCGGAGGAAGCCGGCGCCUGCCCAGCUAAACUAUUUGCUAACUGAUGAGCAGAUCAUGGAGGAUCUAAGGACGUUAAAUAAGCUUAAGUCACCCAAGAGACCAGCGUCCCCAUCUUCUCCUGAACAUUUACCUGCUACACCUGCAGAAUCUCCAGCUCAGAGAUUUGAAGCUCGUAUAGAAGAUGGCAAACUGUACUACGAUAAAAGAUGGUAUCACAAGAGCCAAGCCAUCUACUUGGAGUCGAAGGACAACCAAAAACUGAGCUGUGUGAUCAGCUCUGUCGGAGCCAACGAGAUCUGGGUGAGGAAGACCAGCGACAGCACCAAGAUGAGGAUUUACUUGGGCCAGCUUCAGCGCGGGCUCUUUGUGAUCCGCCGGAGGUCAGCGGCCUGACUUUCUACAGGGUUCUUCCCUUGAUCUUCUUUCUGGAGUGGUUUUGGUUUUGUUUUAUUUUGUUUUCUUCUUAAUAGAAAAUUUUUAACUUGAGCUGGCUCAUUGGCCUUGGAAAAUGGAGAACACUGUUGUGGAUUCUGCACAGACCGUUUGUGGCCAUCCACUUCCAUCUUUGUGCCCGCCUGCGCCUCGACUACUCCGUCAGCCAUCUGUCACCACGAGACUUACUGGGAGUGUUGUCAGUUGGAUCGACUUACUUCAUUGGUUUUUGCUGAUACUUCCUUUUUGGUUUUGUUUUUUUAACUCCCUUUGAAUUUGGAAGGACAUCUCUUUUAUUUAGGUCUUUUUCCCAUAAAGAAGAGCAGGGAGGGAUACACUGUGCAGAGCAUUCUCAUGUUUUUAAUCUGAUUAGUGGAUCACGUAGCUGCUUGUCGAGCCCAAUUCACCAUUUUCUCAGAAGCUUGGGGCAGAGGUCCUAACAGAAGGAGAUUAAUUCUCCUGGCGCUCAGCCUUGUCGGAGAAGUAAGCGCCUUGUGUAACAUCUGGCGUAUGUCCACUGGCUGAACACAGAAAGAUGUGCUUGGGAGACCGUGUGUUGAAGUACAUGGGGUGUGGGGGGACCCUUCAUAUUCAUGAUGUGCUAAAGGUACCACAUUUUAAAUACCAUUGAAUGCGGGUGGUUUAUGCAGACAUUUGUUUUAGCUCAAGCCGAAGCGGGAGGUGCCAUUUCUUUGGUGGUGGAAGUUUUCAUCAUGCCUGCUGCUCCCCUGUAGACGUAGUGGUGUGGUGGCUCAGGCCGCUGGUCCGGGUGGUGUGUAGUAUGUGGGGAGGCGAGGUGGCUAGCGCAGCAGUUGGUCUGUAGCUCCCCCACGUCAUACAGCACUUUUGUCGCCAGUGCCUUCAUUGCACACGGACAUGGCACGCCCUUGGAGCCUUGCUGGCUCUCACAGCCUCUCAGGAGACCUCACGCAGGCAGAGGCAGAGCAGGCUCUCCUGAGUCUUGGUGAAAUGGCCCACCCACCACCCCUUCUCCCUGCUCCCUCUCCCUCACUCUCGUCAUUGGAGGAAGGAUUCAUUGGCUUGUUCUGUAGCCAUCUCUUGAGAUGUUUCAAGAAUGUGGGGUUAGAGCGAGUGUCGGCAUCUCCACAGACAAGCCGAGACCUCGCACCUCUUAGGAAAUCUUCGUAAGUAGUUGCUUUUGAUUCAAGUGAUUGCUCUCAUGUUGCUUCUGGGUGUAGGUACCCAGAGCAGCUUGGGGAACCGUGUUGAUAAGUAAAUCCCUUCUCUAAAAUCCUGGCUUCAACUGAGACCAAACUGUACUCAGUCAAGACAUACAUAGACAUACAUAUUUUUUAAUUUAUGACCCCUUUUUUUCUCUCAUAUUUUUUCCUGAUGUUAAAGUCUCAUUUAGAAAACAGGAUAAAUGAUGCUGUUUAUCAAAAGUUGCCCAAGCGUCCUGUGUUUCUUCUGUUAUGUGUUACUGUGGUGAAUCACCGUGUGGUAGGUUUCUUUUGGAUGGCCGCCGCUGUGAGGCUGCCUUCUGCAUGAAUUGUCCCUGUGUGCUGGGCCACACACACCCCGUCAUGUGAGGUCUCGUGGGGCUUGAUCUACUGCCUGUGAUGGAAAUGUCUUCAGACAUGUUUAGGGCGUGUUGCCAUCGAUGGACUUGUUGAAGGUGCUCUUGUCCACCUAAACAGUGCAUCCAGCAUCCAGGCUUGUUGAGAGACAGGGCUGGGUGAAGAGCCACUGGGUGUUCAUUGUCAAAGUAGCAGCAAGCGGCUUUCUUUCCCCCGUCUGGUGACACUUGUGCUUUCAUUCAUACAAAGACCAUGCAUGGUAUGGGCACUUGGGUCUCCUCAGCUUAUUACUUUUCCAGGAUUUUUGAGGUCAUGCCUCGAGCGCGGACAUGGCCCCAUCACUGCCUUCUCAGGCUCUUCCCAGCCCUUUACCAGGAUCUAGGGAAGCAGACUUGAGACAUAGCAGCAUAAAUUAUCUAAUCCCAGAAAAUUUAAUUUUUCAUUUUCUCACCUCAGAUAUACAAAGCCCCACUUGAACCACUCUGACAGGCCCUGUGGUGGCUGACGUGGAAGAGCCCAUGGCUGGAGUGGAAGGCACAUUUGUGAGGGACAGAGGCAGCUUUCCAGAUUCUAGAAGAGGAUGGCUGGCUCUUAGCUUAGGUUUAUCAUUCUUUCUUCAGAAGCUCUCACUAGACUAGACCCCAGGGCACAGAGGAAUCACCAAAUCCAAACACUUUUCUUCAGCUGAUACGUAGGAAGAGGUUGGUGUGGACAACUCUGAUUGGGAGCCUCCGCGUGUUUUCAUCUAGGCGGGGCUGUCCACAUUGUUCUGACACAGAGCCUGUGUGCGUGUUUCUGGGAUCAAUGGCCUCCACCCGUGCUGCGCCUGAGGCAUCCUCCUCAGCUCUUCUGCAGUGUUUUCUGUGGCUGUGUUCCAAUAUUUAAUUUACCUCUGCUUGGGGGAUUGUGCGCCCUUCUCUGUUCUGCCUUCCCUGUCUCCCUAAACCAGUGCACUGUUGAAAAACUUGCAGGUUUCUGUCACCAUACCAAAGCCAGAAGUUUCCUUCAUUUGGAUGCCAGUAUUUAUAGAGGUUUAACUACCUAAGUUAAGUUUUCUUUUUUCUCUGGGGCCAGCAUAAGACCAGAGGCUGACCUGCAGAUGAAACUACAUGUUUGUGAGUGAGACCUCACGUUCGGGUCUGGGGUGACCUUUCUAAGAAAUAAGGUGGUGUGUGAGUUAGUGGGGUGGUUGCAUUUUUUACCUAUCAGGGUGGGAGGUGGGUGGGGGAUAUCCUAUUUUUUACAGUACUUUUGUUUUUCUAUUAACAUUUCCCUUUAGCCUUGAAUUUAUACUGACUUUCCUUCCAGUUGAACAAUUUCGUUUCUAACCUCAGAAUUUGAAAUCUUGGUACUUAAUGUUAUACCAGUUUUUUCCAAAGAGUUCAGACCACUUUCAUACCAAAACAUGGUAAAAAAUUUGCAGCCAUUUCAAGCAGCUGGUGAGCUUUUUCUAUAACGACAGUACUGGUACCAUUAAAUAUUGUAAGAGAUCGAUGUAAAAAGUAUAGGUUUUGGUUUUUUUUUUUUAAAUAACAAUAAACUUUCAAAGAGAAAGUC